AUGCCGAGGGAUGGUCAAAAGCGCAAACGCCCUAGCAAAGGGGCCCGCGAUCGUCAACGCCGCCGGGUGGAAGACGCCGCGAACGAGGCCGUUCCGGAACUUCAGGCCGCUCCUGCGGUGCUAGACGAAUCCGUUUCACCGACGGUACCCUUGCCGGUGGCCAAAUUACCAUCACCACUGACCGCCGUACCCGAGCCUCCGUCACCGACACGCCCGCUUCCAUGGGUGCUGAAGGAAGUUUUACCGGGACUGCCGGGUAGCGUCGAUCCGCGUAAACACAAUUAUCUCGCCAAUUGUUCGUCUUCCGGGACACUGCGAUUACCCAAGUUCUUCCGGGAUCCUUGCAUUCCUUUUCCAGCCACACAGGUGGACGAAUUCUCCUUUUCCGAGAUACCUACCGCGCCACUCGCCUCCUCGACUCCUCGACACCCGGAACUGCCUCCUCCGGCAACCGGGUUCGUUUGCGCACCUCUUCCUCCGUUGAAACUCGCGUCGGGUCCCAUAGAUCGUUCAGGCAUUUACGAUGAUACCCAGUCUCGUCCUUCUGUAAUAACCGUUCCAUCGACUCCGGGAAAAAACCUAAUAACGUGUCCGACAUCCACCCGACGAUCGAACCCCGUCUUCCAAGGUCCGGUCGUGACCACCGCCUCUCCAAUCGCCGGCCCUUCCGGUCUUUACAAUUAUCUAGUUCCACACACUCCGGAGGGACCUCUUCCCCCCCACCCGGGUAAAUGGUAUCAACACACUGCACCUCCCACUACCCCGGAAGGUUUCGCAGUCCCAGCCGCCGCUAGUAGCUCUGGCGACACUCUGUCUCUAGCCGUAGGUAGGCUGCUACUGCUGUUGGACUUGUCACAGUACGUUAGCGCCCCACCAGCCAACACCUCUUCAUAG